GGCGACGCCUGUGCCGUCCAGCCGGCGGCGGCGGGGCGUUAAGUUUAGUACGCAGGGUGGGGAAGGCCUCCUGCGCGUCGGCAGCAGAGCUGAGAUCACCAGGAAGGGUCGGGGGCGGGAAGCGUUACGUAAACGACUUAGUGGGACACCGUGCAAGAGGUUCCGCGGAGAAGCGGAACCAUUGGAAAGGCUCAACCAGGUUUCCGCCCGGAUUCGUAAGAGCAGCUUCCGUUGCUCAGCGGAAGUGUGGGUCGCCAAAGGACGACUCCUGCAAGAAUCCGCCGUCUGCCGUGAGCACGGCCGGAAUCAUGUCGAGUUUAGCGGUGAGAGACCCGGCCAUGGAUCGAUCACUGCGUUCCGUGUUCGUGGGGAACAUUCCGUAUGAGGCGACUGAGGAGCAGUUAAAGGACAUUUUCUCCGAGGUCGGUUCGGUGGUCAGUUUCCGGCUGGUGUACGACAGAGAGACGGGAAAACCUAAGGGUUAUGGCUUCUGUGAGUACCAAGACCAGGAGACCGCGCUUAGUGCCAUGCGGAACCUCAAUGGGCGGGAGUUCAGUGGGCGAGCGCUUCGGGUGGACAAUGCUGCCAGUGAGAAGAAUAAGGAGGAGUUAAAGAGCCUGGGGCCUGCAGCACCCAUCAUUGACUCACCCUAUGGGGACCCCAUCGAUCCAGAAGAUGCCCCUGAAUCGAUUACCAGAGCGGUCGCCAGUCUCCCCCCGGAGCAGAUGUUUGAGCUGAUGAAGCAGAUGAAGCUCUGUGUGCAAAACAGUCACCAGGAAGCGCGCAACAUGCUACUUCAAAACCCGCAGCUGGCUUACGCGCUGCUGCAGGCGCAAGUGGUGAUGAGAAUCAUGGAUCCAGAGAUUGCUCUGAAAAUUCUGCAUCGGAAAAUACACGUCACACCGCUGAUCCCAGGCAAAUCUCAGCCCGUCGCUGGCCCUGUGCCGGGCCCCGUGCCGGGCCCUGGCCCUGCCCCUGGGCUCUGCCCAGCACCGAAUGUUCUGCUGAAUCAGCAGAAUCCUCCAGCCCCUCAGCCUCAGCAUUUGGCUAGAAGACCAGUCAAAGACAUUCCUCCUCUGAUGCAGACUCCCAUCCAAGGUGGAAUUCCAGCUCCCGGACCCAUACCAGCGGCAGUCCCCGGCCCUGGCCCUGGCGCCUUAGCUCCCGGAGGAGCAAUGCAACCCCAAGUCGGAAUGCCAGGGGUUGGCCCAGUGCCUUUAGAGCGGGGACAAGUGCAGAUGUCAGAUCCCAGAGCUCCUAUGCCGCGUGGACCCAUGACUGCCGGCGGCCUGCCUCCCCGUGGACUGCUGGGAGAUGCUCCAAAUGACCCACGUGGAGGGACUUUGCUUUCAGUCACUGGAGAAGUGGAGCCUCGAGGUUACCUGGGCCCACCCCAUCAGGGUCCCCCCAUGCACCAUCCCUCUGGUCAUGAUGGCCGCGGCCCUUCCUCACAUGAGAUGAGGGGAGGGCCGUUAGGAGACCCCAGAAUGCUAAUUGGAGAACCCAGAGGACCCAUGUUGGAUCAAAGGGGUUUACCUAUGGACGGUAGAGUUAGUAGAGAUUCUCGAGUGAUGGAGACUCGAGCCAUGGAAACUGAUGUCUUGGAGUCACGAGUGAUGGAGAGAAGAGGCAUGGAGACUUGUGCAAUGGAAGCCAGAGGCAUGGAUACAAGGGGACUGGAGAUGAGGGGCCCCGUCCCCAGUUCGCGAGGCCAUAUGACCGGUGGAAUGCCAGGCCCUGGGCCCAUUAACAUAGGGGCAGCUGGCCCUCAGGGACCCAGACAGGUCCCAAGCAUUUCCAGUGUGGGGAAUCCUGGAGGUGGCAUGCAGGGGGCGGGCGUGCAGGGAGCGGGCAUGCAAGGAGGAGGAAUGCAGGGGGCAGGCAUGCAAGGAGUGGGCAUCCAAGGAGCAGGUAUGCAGGGGGCAGGUAAGCAAGGUGGAAGCCAGCCUAGCAGUUUUAGUCCUGGGCAGAGCCAGGUAACUCCACAGGACCAAGAAAAGGCAGCUUUGAUUAUGCAGGUUCUUCAGCUAACUGCAGAUCAGAUUGCCAUGCUACCUCCUGAGCAAAGGCAGAGUAUUCUGAUUUUAAAGGAGCAAAUCCAGAAAUCCACUGGAGCUUCCUGAAAGGGUUUAGAAAAUGAGUGGCUUAUAGUUUAUUUUCAGUUUAUUCCUAGCAUGGAGAAUGGUUAAAAAAAGCUGACUUGUGUAUUCCCACACUUUAAUGAUUACAGUUGCCCUUCUACAACCUUAUUUCUUCUUGUCUUUAUUUCUGUUUUUGUUUUUAAUUGAGGGUAGGGGAAGGGAUGGGUUGGGUCUGUUCACUUUAAGUCACUGUAAAUAUCCAAAAGUAACUCCGAAUAUGAUUAUUAUACCACAUAAAAAUAUGCGGCAAUAUCGAUGUGUGUACAAUAUGUUAAAUGCAUUUUUGAAAUACUGAGUUAAAACUGUGAAAACUGCAUCUAAGGACUAAAAGGUGACUUGUUAAAAUGGUAAUGUAUUCAGAUAGUUUAAGAUUUUUGGUUGUGUAUCAAAGAAAUUUAUUUCCAAAUUAGAAUUUUUGGUAAGCUAUUUAGACUACAAAACCUUACUUUGGAGGCACUAGAACACUGUAUUAGGUUAAGUAUUACGUAAGUUGUUUUGGAAUUGUUUUAAAAUGUUAGAGCCAACAGAUUAAGUUGAAACUUGUGUUGUUGGAACUGUUUGCCUCAAAAAAUAUCAAGGAUUGCAUCUGGUUUGAUGUUGCUUCAUUGAACCCAUCCUUAAGAAACCAGCAAGAUUCUGGUUUGGCUGCAAGUGUGAUGGUUUUGCUGAGACAGUUCUAGGAUCAACCAAAUUACUUAAGUUGGCUCUGAUGAGACCCAGUACUUUCCUGGCACCUUCCUAUUUCUCAAUCUGUAAGCCCUAAAUCUGACUGAGUAGUUCUCUGACAUUCUUCCCCAAAAUAAAUGAUGAGGCCUAAAUGAUCUGGGUGAAUUACUACACAGCUUUGGGUUUUUCAUAAAGAAUGGAAGGCUUAAUUCAGUAAAACUUUCCUGGUAACUAGCUUCCAUUCACAGAUGGUAUGCAUUCAGUUAACCAAAAUCAGGAGUUAAAAAUCUUGGUCUCUACAAACUUUAACAUGCCUUUUGGUGCUCUUAUUUCACAGUCCACUUUUCUCUUACUUAACAUCUUACAAAUAAUUGAAGCACCGGCCCAGUUGACUUACACUCAUUUACAUUUUACAAGCAAGUAAUAAGUAAUUCAGUCUCAAUAAACAUACCUGAGACAUUUAAAACUGCAUAGAAAGGUGGGGCCUAUCCCAUUUCCUUUACGACUACCCAAUUUAAUUUUAAGCCUGGAGGAUAUGGAUGCAUAAACAAUCUGUAUCACAGAGCAAGUAGUAAUUAACAGAAGCAUAAACUCCCAAAUAACCAGGUGAUCUUUCUCUGCAAAAGAAAAACCAAUAUCUACUUCAAGAGGGAAAAUAUUAACACAAGAGCUAAGAUAUUAAAAGAUAUUUCCCCUCUGCAAGGUAUUUACAUUGGUAAAUAAGUGGGUAAUUGGAUUCUUUUCAUCUCUGUGUCGUUGUGUGCCAUUCCCUGUUUUGUUGUUUGUACUGUUAACUUGCCCAUGGUUUCUGUAUGCUCCCCCUUACUGCAGAGGAUAACUCUCCUUUAUGUGUAUGACGGUUCUGGUUAAUUUUUAUUUACAGGGUUGGCUUCAUUACUAGAUGCUUUAUCUUAAUUCUAGUUGCUUUAUCCUAAAGUUUCCAUUAAAGGACUUCAGUUGUUAAAACUCCUAAA